AUGGGAUGCCGGUCUUCAUUGCGAGUUGCCGGCUACACUGCACGUGAAUUGCGCGCGCUUGCACUUUUAGCCGAAGCGCUGAUCACCUUGGCCAUUCUGUGCCUUCUUACAUUCCGGGUUCUUGUCUGGUGGAGAGCGGAAGGGUAUCAAAGGAAGUCGACUUUCAGAGAGGAAGGAGGCUCAAAUCAAGACUCUGAGUCGGAGACCCUUCUACCUUCGCUCAUCUUUUGCAAUGCCAAUCCUCUGAGAGCAACAGCUCUCUACUACGCGGGUCUGUACGACAAGGUUUCUCAGGCCGUGCAGGAUCCAAGGUUUACUCUCCAAGAUCUCGACUUCUCUUCUGAGCAGCUUCAACAAUACGCGCACAGCAUUUACAGCAUGCUCAAACGGUGCAGACUAAACAACGCCGAGUGCAACGCCCAGAAUUUUGAGUCAGUAAGAACGAAGCACGGAAUGUGCUUUCGACUGCAAAUUCCGAGGGGCAAACAAACUCGCUUGGAGAUGAUUUUGGACCCCGAGGAGAGUGAAUAUGUCCUUCCCAACGACGGAUUCACGGGCUUUUUGAUUGUCCUCAACUGUUCCACCAGCGAUCAGAGCGAGUUCUUUAUUGGCAGUGGUUUUCACAACAUGGUUCGCAUUUCAUCAGCGGAUCCUCAUAGCGGCAUGGCAUGUGACAGCGGAGGCUUCCAACUGAGGGUUGACUCGAUCACUCAGACCGUGAGGUCGGCACUCUAUCAAAGCUUCCUUCCUCGCGACCUCUCAGGCGACUCAACGGCGGAGGCUGAAAGGACCAUGAAGAGACAGACCACCGACCUAGAUUCCAUGUGA